UGAUUCGCUAUACGUAAGUACUUACUUAGUAUAGUAAUUUUCGUUGAAUUGUUCACACGUACGCUGACAUGCGGCGCCUAACCACUGUGCUGUUGUUGUGCUGCCUGGUGGACUGGUCGCACAACGCGUCGCUGGACGCGUCGGGCCUGCAGUCCGACCCCGCGGUCGUCAACCUCAGGAACUACCUGAGGAUCCGCAGCGAGCAUCCCAACAUUAACUAUGCGGAACCCAUCGCCUUCCUCAAGUCGCAAGCGGACUCCCUUGGCCUCCCCUACAAGGUCUACGAGUUGGUCCCCGGGAAGCCUAUCCUGGUGAUGAGCUGGCGCGGCGCUAGUCCGGACCUGCCGAGUGUGCUGCUCAACUCGCAUACCGAUGUUGUGCCCGUGUUUGAGAAAAGCUGGACCCACCCUCCGUUCGAAGCAUUCAUGGAUGAGAACGGCACGAUCUAUGCACGCGGUAUCCAGGACAUGAAGUCCGUCGGCAUACAGUUCAUAGAGGCGGUGAGGAGGCUAAAGGCAGCUGGUGUGAAGCUGAAGAGGACUGUUCAUCUGUCCUUUGUUCCUGAUGAAGAGCUAGGCGGCGCGGACGGCAUGAGAAAGUUCGUGGAGACCGAAGACUAUAAAGCUCUGAACGUGGGCUUCGCUCUGGACGAGGGCAUCGCCAGCGCUGAUGAUGACUACCUGGUGUACUACGCCGAGAGAAGCGUGUGGCAUGUGGAUAUCAUAGCCACGGGGAAAUCUGGCCACGGAUCCCUACUUCACGACAAUACCCCAGGUGAAAAGAUUCGUUACAUCAUAGACAAGUUCUCCGACCUGAGAGCUGAGAACAAGAAGAGAUUGGACGAGAACAAGGAUCUAACCAUCGGUGAUGUCACCACCAUCAACCUGACCAAACUAAGGGGAGGAGUUCAAUCAAACGUGGUUCCUGAGAAGAUGACCGUCACCUUCGACAUCCGACUGGCUAUAGAUGUCGACCACAAGGAAUUCGAAGAGACGAUCCAGCGUAUCUGCAAGGAAGCGGGAGAAGGAGUGAGCUACGAGUUCGAACAGAAGGGUCCGUACGUGGAGCCCACCAAGCUGGACGACUCCAACCCUUACUGGCUGGCAUUUAAGAACGUCACUGAUGAACUACACCUCCCCAUCAAGACCCUAGUAUUCCCGGGCGGCACGGACAGCCGCUACGUGCGGGCCGGCGGCGCGCCCGCGCUGGGCUUCUCCCCCAUACGCCGCACGCCGGUGCAGCUGCAUGAGCAUAAUGAGAGCCUUAAUGCGCAGACGUUCCUGGACGGGAUAGGGAUCUUCGAGAAGAUUGUGACCGCUGUCGCUAAUGUUUAAUAAAGGUUUUUGAAUUUAGA